UAUAACAAACUAGCUUAGACUUAGAUUUUAUUAUUAUUAUUAGUUAUGUGUACAGUAUCCAUGUUUGCAAUACAGUUGGUUUUUGUUCAAAUAUUGCGUUGUUUUAACAUAAAAAUGCAUUUACUUAGUGUAUAAUAAAACUAAUUGCGGUUUGUAACACAAAGUCCGUGUAACGCCACGCCUCCAGCCUCACUGUGAAUUUGGAUUUGAACAUGUCUCCAUUUUUUCAUAUUUUUGACAACAUACGAUUACAAACUUUUCCAUCACUUAUUCAAGCAUAACAUAUUUUUAAUAAAUUGAGUUUCGAGUCGGUAUUGCGGUUACUUCUUACAGUUAAAUUGAUUUGAUAAUGGAGCUACUUCUAGUUGUGUCACUGUUUUCUUUGGUUCUGGCUUACGAUAAAGCAUCUUUCUAUGGAGCAAGUUACAUAGCAUAUCCUCUCCAAGAAGCCAAAGGAGCCACAGAUAUUAGCUUCAAAUUCCGCACCCAUUUGUCAGAUGCUUUACUUCUUCUUGCUGCUGGAAAAACUGAUUACUGUAUGAUUCGUCUGGAGAGUGGCCGUUUAAAACUGCAUAUAAACCUUGGUGCUGGUGAAAGUGAGCUUUCCUCACCUAAAGGAAUACAUUUAAAUGAUACUCAGUGGCAUCAUGUCAAUAUUAUUAGAAGGGAAGCAAAUCUCACAAUGAAGAUUGAUGAAAGUACAGUGAAAAAGCGACUACCUGGAAGGUUUUUUGAACUGAACAUACACUUUGGUAUAUUCCUUGGUGGACAAGGUGACUUCUCUGAAUUGUUUCUUGGCCACAUGGAAAAUUUUCGUGGAUGUAUAGAAGAUGUAUACUACAACGGAGUUAAGAUUAUUGAGAAAGCACGAAGCCGCAGUGGUUCAGUGCAUGUAGAAGGCGUUACUUGGAACUGCGCUCCGGAGUUCGACGCCGACAUUAACUCGGAUAUAAGUUUUGUUGACGAAGGCGCUUAUUUGAUUUUACCGAGAAUUAAUUCAAGAGCUGGUGGGCGAUGGCAGAUAGAAUUCAAAACAACAACUCCAAAUGCUAUAAUCCUGUAUAAUUAUGGCGGAGGGCGUGGCUCUGAUUUUUUAGCAGUUGAGAUCUUAGAAGGAGUGGUUCGUGUAAAAAUGGCAAAAGGACAGAUAGUACACACAGUCAGAGUUAAUGAUGGCCAAUGGCAUAAGAUACAUUUGCUGUUUAACCCCUCGCUUAUUGAGCUAUCAGUGGACAAUAUAGCGAUGAGUACUCGGAUAGAAAGCGGGGGUAUGCGGUAUCUGGAUCUCUCCGACUCAUUCUAUCUCGGAGGGAUAGAGAGUGAGAAACGACAGCGUGCUUUCGCUAAAGGCAUCAAGGCUGCCGAUUCUAGUAUAAUGGGUUGCAUCAAACCUAUUGAAGUGGAUGAUAAAUUGUACGGCCUACCAAAUGCAGUGGUGACAUAUGGUGUAAGCCCUAAAUGUGUUUGGUGGUACCCAUGCCACGCUAACCCCGCCAACCCACCUUGUCUGCUCAACGCCGUCUGUGAACAACAUGGCCUGGACCAUUUUACAUGUAAAUGUGACUCCGAACUUUGUAUAAACCCUGACUACGCUGAAAAGUAUAAGGUGUUUUCAAAAUCAAGUAGUGAACUGGAAUUAGUUUCCUUGUACCCCCUGACAGUACAAGAAGGUGGGGUAGCGGUGAUAACAACUCAGAAUAUAGACGUGGUACUGGAUCAUCACAAGUAUGGAGUGAGGCCAUCGGGUGUGGUACUACACGUAGCUCAGUCACCAAUGCACGGACGAAUCGCAGUUGAUCUGUCACUGCAAAGGAAUCUACCUCAGUAUGCUAAUUAUAUCGAUGGCGAAGGGAAAUCGAAACAGUUCUUUACGCUCAUGGAUUUGUCGAGAGAUAAGGUGCGCUACGUUCAUGACGGUUCCGAAAACCAUCAGGAUGCUAUAGUGGUGGAAAUGGAGCUGGUGCCGGAAGCUCGGUUCACCUUACCCAGUUACCUUCAAGGUCGGCAUGCGUUUGCACUUCACGUCAAUGUCACCCCAGUCAAUGAUGCUCCGGUACUGAACCUACCCCCGGGGAAAGUGUUACGGCUCACACAGGGUACCCGUAAAGUUAUAACAUCGGAGAUACUAAAAGCUGAAGAUCCGGAUACAGCGCCCGAAGAUUUACUGUACACUGUGUUACAUGGAAAGAAUGAAGCGAGCAGUGGUCAUAUUGAAAUGUCAGGUCAGCCUGUUGAUUCUUUUACCCAGCAUGAUAUUGAUGCGGGCGUUGUGUCAUAUGUCCACGGCUCAAGUGGGGAUAAGCAGCUGAACAAAACAUCCCUAAGAUUGACGUUACAGGUAUCAGAUGGUAUUGAAACCAGUGGUCCAAGUGUCCUACGUAUAUCAAUUGUACCUCUACAAGUGCGUCUUGUUAACAACACGGGUCUGCAAUUAGUACAUAAUUCAUAUGCAAUUAUCACAGCUGAAAAUUUAACAUUUGCAACCAACGCUGAAGAGAGCAAUGCCCAAGUUCGCUAUGAUAUAGUAAAGCCGCCUCAGUUCGGUGUUGUGGAGAGAUUGAGAGUGUUGGAUGGCACUUGGCAGACUGUGGACUCCUUUACGAGUGAAAUGAUCAAUUUUGGUCGAGUACGGUAUAUGCAUCUGUUGGGCAAUCCUUCACAUGACGAGUUUAAGUUCAAAGCGUCAGUGGGUGCGAUACGAACAAAUAUUCUUUACGAUUUUCGAAUGACUUUCAUUAAACUUGAAUUGUAUCAAUCUACAAAUGAAGAGUUGGUGUUGAAUAAUACAAGAGAAGCUUUCAUAUCGCCUCUGCAUUUACGAUUCCAAACCAGACCGAUCCCACUAUCGGCAGAUAGAAUCUUGUAUACGGUACUCAAGCCUCCUAAAUAUGGCAUUCUGCAUCUGUCGUCGGGCAAACACCAUCUUUUAAUGUAUGGUACUUUCACCCAACAAGAUAUAGACACAGAUCAAUUAUGGUACAGAUUGCACAGACGGGCCUAUUCACAUAUACAUGAUGAGUUCGCGUUCGUCGUGGGCGCUAACGAAUGCGAAAAUGUGACCGGAGUGAUGACAGUACGACAUACACCGAGCUAUCUCACAUCGGACCACUCUCAAAGUAGACUGCACACUACAUUAGAGAGGCUACAAGUCAUGGAAGGCUCCAGAAUGGCGAUACCAGCUAGCCAUCUCGACUUCCGAACGGACACCGUCACCAAUUUGUUGUUCAACAUCACCCAUGCACCGAAACAUGGCAAGAUCGAAGUUAUCAAUGACAAUCUCAAAGUGAUCAGAGAUAAUACGACAUAUUUUACACUGCAAGAGCUCAACUCUGACCGUGUAUAUUAUGCGCACGAUGAUUCUGAGAGUAGACACGACUCCUUCCAUUUCAUGGCUCUGAGCCCGGAGCCGGAAGACUUUCAGUACGUCGGCGUUUUCCACAUAGAUAUUAUAUUGAAGAAUGAUAACAGUCCGGUCCGUGCCAAUGAGAAUAUUUUCCACAUAGUUCACGGCGGCGCGAGACUCAUAACGGCGAGAGAUCUCAGUUACACCGACGCCGACUUGGAUACGAGGCCGUCGGACAUCAUUUAUACAGUCCAGAGGUUCACAAAAGACCCACCCAACGGUGGUAUCUUUCGCGCCGACAACCCUUCGGAGCAAAUCGCUCAGUUUUCACAAGAUGACAUCAACAAGAACUUAGUGUUGUUCAAACAUCAAGGCAAGGAAUAUGGCAAAAUGGCGUUCUGGAUAUCGGACGGCUUGUUCGAUGUCAACGGCAACUUGGAAAUACAAGCGUCUCCUCCAUUCAUAAGGAUGUAUCCGACUAAUGGAUCGAUCGUUGAGAAUGGCAAGGCUGUUGUGAUAACCACCAGAGAUAUGCAGGUGGAUACAAAUAUGAAUUGCCUCGAAGAAGACAUUCGAUACGAGGUGACACAGGAGCCAAAGCACGGUACUAUGGAAGUAGGUGAAGGUGUAGGCGCGUCUACCUUCACACAACUUGACGUGGCAGCUGGCAGGGUUGCCUACAGACAUACGGAGCCCAGCGUACCGAGUGAUUGCUUCCGUUUUAAAGUGAUGUGUUUGGAUACUUUUGGAGAGGGUUCAUAUCCGAUUAAGAUAUUUCCAUCUAGUUAUUGGGAGCCUCUACGAGUGACAACAAAUAAACCACUGAUUGUCGAAGAAUCAACUAGUGUUAAUAUAACAAAAGAUAUUUUAGAGGUGAUGCAUCCUCAAAUAGAGCCAUCAAACAUUUUAUAUCAAGUUACAGAAGGUCCGUACUAUGGUUGGCUUGAAAUUACAUCUACUCCGGGCACAGUUGAACUGGAGAAUUACAACGAAGAGCCAGUUCACACUCGAGUAUUUGAUCAAUCUAUUAUAAAUGUAAACAGAUUAACAUAUGUACAAUCAGGUGUAAAUCGUACCAGAGAUAGGAUAAAAAUGGACGUUACUAAUGGAAUAGUAUGGCUUAGAGGCGUUGAAUUGACCGUUAUAAUUAUCCCUGAACAUUUUUAUGUCAGAUCUUUAAACCUAACAGUAGUGGAAGGUGAAGCUGUAAGUUUAAAGCCGGGUUUAUUUAAAACGAUAACAGAAUAUUAUCGCGGGAAAGUUGUAUCUUAUAAAGUGAUUGAGAAACCAAAGUUUGGUAAGAUUGUAAUGGGUGAUCAAGAUAUUGGACUUUUGCCGGUUUUGAAAUUGAAUUCUGGAAAUAUACAGUAUGUAAACGAUGGUUCAGAAGAAUCUAGUGACGCAAUCAGGUUAGUCGCAAUAACUGAAGGUGGAAAGGAAAGUGAACCAUUCUACUUGUACGUGAACAUAUCUCCAGUGAAUGAUGAGACGCCAAUAGUGGCAGCGAAUACCGGUCUCUGUGUAUGGGAAGGUGGCACAUUUACAUUCACUAGGAACGAAUUAUAUGUGAACGACAUUGACACACCGCUUGAGAACGUAACAAUUCGAGUGGUGGACAUACUGUCAGGUUAUAUCGCUCUCAAACACGAUCUGGACACCCCCCGGCACAGCUUCACACAGGCAGACAUAGACAGGGGACGAGUCAUCUUCGUACAUACAAAUGGUACCAAAGGAAAAAUGAUAUUCAACGUCACUGAUGGUCUUCACGAACUGUCAAAGAUCACUUUUCUUAUAUCGACGAAGUCCGUCUCAUUAAAACUGGUGCGGAAACACAACCUGCGCGUGUUCCCACUCAUGAGAGAGCCUCUCAACAACUACUUUCUAAUGGCCAAGUGCUCAGACCCCACCAGAACCAUAACGUACAAAGUGAUCCGAGCACCAAAUCUCGGCAGACUUAUCAUGCUAAACGGAGACAACCAUCACAGAACCAUUAAAAUGUUCACACAAGAAGACAUCAACAAUACUCUGGUGUAUUACGAACACACUCAUCCCUUCUCCGAUUUAUAUACGAACGACUCAUUCGUAUUUAGCAUAGAAGCCGCUCUCGCGAAAUCGAUCACCGACCAAACGUUCAAUAUAGACAUAUCAGUGUCGUCUGGUGGACUCGCUAAAUACGUGAAUAUACCGCAAACAAAAGUGCAAGAGGGUGAUAAAGUGCCUAUCGUUGUAAAUGUUACUAAUGUGAUAAGUUAUCUCGAGAGUCAGGCCGGCGUGAGGCAGCCGCAAGUGGAAGGGCAAUGGUCGCAGCCCGCACAUGGCGCACUCAAUCCUUCCAUGUCUUCCCUCACGCAAGCUCAAAUGGAGACGGGCGUCGUUAGCUACGAACACGACGGCUCCGAUACCUUACAAGACAAAAUAGACAUGUCUCUGUACCUCUUGCCAGAUUACGUCCUCCUCUGUAACGUCACCAUACCUAUAACAAUAGUGCCCGUCAACGAUCAACCUUUCAGACUAUUGACGGACACCCCACAAAUACAAGUAGUUCAAGGAGAAAACUAUACGAUCACCAAAAACGACCUGUCGACAGAAGACGCCGAUACGGAACCUUCGGGCAUAUUGUACGACAUAAUUAGCGGACCGACUCAAGGCAGAAUAGUUAUGCUCGAUAAAAACCAAUCGAUGGACGACGCUCAUUCUAUUAACAAAUUUUCACAGGAAGAUAUAAACAACGGUCUCGUGGUUUACGAACAUUCCGGAAUGUUACAAACUGCUACUUUCUACUUCAGAGUAUGGGACGGUCAAUUCAAACCUACCUACACCGUGUUCACAAUAGAUGUGAUCAAAGUGAUUCUGAAUGCAACAUCUCUUCAUCCUAUUUAUCUACAACAAGGUUCCAAUGUGGCUACCGUCACCAACGAACAAAUACACGUAGAUACGAACGCUAAGAAAUCUAAAGUGUGGUAUAAUAUUACAAGACAACCUCUGCAUGGAAUGAUCUAUGUCGGGAGGAGUCCGGUCACUUAUUUCUCACACAAAGAUUUAAUGGAUAAAGUUGUCAUUUAUAUGCAGAACGACAUGACAGUUGCCAACGAUAGUUUUGAAUUAAUAGCGUAUGCGCACAAUACAAAUUCAACUUUACCCUUCGCUAUAGAGGUGAUCGUUCAGCCUCUGAUGAUACUUGGAGAAUUGAAGGUAGAUGGAGAUAAAGCGAAGCUAAAUUUGAACAUCAUGGACGCUACUGAAUUAGCAAAAUUGACUGCCAGCGAUCCGGUGUAUACAAUCAUAAAGAAGCCAAGAUAUGGAACUGUUAAAAAGAUUAUCAGAUCUUCUGGAGAGAAGACCAGUGCUAGAGAAAGGGAAGUGACAUAUUUCACGCACGAAGACGUGAAAGCUGGCGUCAUUUACUUUGUUACCAAGAAGAAAAUAACCGAUUUGAAUGGAUACGAGGAUAGUUUUCGAUUCCUUUUAGCUGCAUCGAUAUUUCAACCAGCAGCUGGUGAUGUCAAGAUAUUAAUCGGUAGUAGAUCGAAGAAGAAUUUACCCGGACCUAAUGACCCUGAGAGUCACGAAGGUGUUCUGGUAAACAACGGUGAAUCAAUGUCGUAUUACAUGAUGAUAGUGAUGGCUCUAUCAGGCGUGGUGCUGGCUAUCAUAGUGAUAGCAGGUCUGAUCAAAUGUCGGAGAUAUUUGUCUCGAGAGAGGAACGCACUUGUGAAGAUACACGGCCAGGGUCAGGGUGCAGUUGCGCCUAUACCACUGCCGCGCCCACCGGAACACUUGAUGCCGUCGCCUACGCAAGCCACACCCCCAAUUAAACGGUACGUACCAUCAGAGCAGUCAGGUACGACAGGUGCAAGUACACCACUGCCGUCCGCAGGCAGCGUUGCCUGCAAAGUAACUCCCCUGCCGGACGCUCCACCGGACCUCAACGCACGAUACCCAUAUGGCGCUGAUGCGGAAGAAUGGAGCAACUAUGAGGCGAGUGAAUCAGCGUAUGCGGGCGUUGCGGUUGCAGCGAACCCAAUGCUGCGCCGCAACCAAUACUGGGUCUGACCCGCAACCCCCUUGACAUCUGCGACACACGCGCGUACGCUGCCCUCUGCGCGUGCGCAUCCACCAGGAGCCGGGCAUGAUUAUUUCCUUUCUUUAAACCGGAGUCAGCUUCGUCGUCGGCCUGAAUUAGUUCCUACGCCUUUUUUACUUAGCAACUAUGGCGUUAAGAAACACGUCAUUUGCGAAGUUACCGUUUAACAAAUGGACAUUCUAUUUUGUUACAUUUAAAAUCACUUAAUGGUUAUUACCACUCACAGUCGUUAAAGACGUCCCUUAGUACACAUUUAAAGACCACUUUUGAGUUUAACAGUUAACUAGUUCAAGAUAUGUUGGAACAUACUCUACGUUAUAAUUUGGUAUGGAACAUAUUUAACGUCUCUUAACGUGUGUUUCUACUGUAGAAACAACUUUAUAAAAACAUACUGUGGAUUGUGGACAAAUAUGU